AUGGUGAGAGAUUUUGGUGCUCUGGUUGGUGCUGCCCAUGUUGAUGAUCCAGGUGUUGCAUUAGAGGGCUCAGGUGGCCUACUUUUGCUCGGCUUGAUUAUCAUGUCUCUCUUAAUUAUAUCCAUGCUCAUCUUUUCUUGUGCUGAUGAUGGAACACCUCGCAAACGCCGCCGCGGUGGUGACGGUGGUGGUGGUGGUGGCGGUGAUGAUGGAGGUGGUGGUGAUGGUGGAGGUGGCCAUGGUGGUGGCCACCACGAUGGUGGUGGCCAUGGUGGUGGCCACCACGGUGGUGGCGACGGCGGUGGUGGCUGCGGUGGUGGCUGUGGUGGUGGCGGUGGCGGUGGUUGUUAA